UAAGAUUAUCGAGUUUUGUCUAACAUUGUGUAUUAAACUACUGUUAAAUCGUUAAGGAAGAGGGAACAGUUAGAACACGGAUUAUUGAUAUGGGCAUCGGAAGUAGUACGGGAAAACAAUUCAUUGGCGUAUGUGAAAAUUAUGGACAGAGACAAAGGGGUGAUGGACAAAGUCAGACUGAAUUAAAACAUGAAGAUCGAACAUCUGUUAGCAAAUCUAGUGGUGAGAAAACGCUGGUCCCGGAAAACGAGGAAGAUUUUUAUAUAGAAUCAAGUUCGUCGCGAAAUCAGCAGCCUGUUCACAGUUCUGAAAUUCAAACAGGUAUAGCUAGUGCUUCCCUGUCGGCAGCAACUAAGUCACAGGAAUGCGAACCUUCGAGAGACCAAGAACUAUCCCUACAAGAUGAAAUAGAACGAAAUGAAAACAGUGGAGCUGACAGCGAAACAACAUCAAAUAAACACAUUCAGCAAUGGAAAAUCGAUCCAAUUGUAUGGAGUCAUUAUCUUGAUAAUGACGAUGAAGAUGAAGCGAUGUCCUUGUUACAAAAGUGGACAUUACCUGAUAACGACGUACUCAACAAAAUAUGUCAGGCGAAAGCACGCAACUCGAAUGUUGUUAAAAUGAUAUGUCGAAAUAUUUGCGACUUUAUCAAGCAAAAAUCUACUAUGAUUAGACAUGUGUGGUCGGCAUUUAGGCCAGAUGGAAAUGAAGAUAUAAUAUUUGUUAUGUUAACCAGUCAUCCAGUGGAAAUAGAAUCAGCAUUUCAAACGUACCAGAGAUGUGAGGAUGAAAUCUCGGAUGAGAGCCAGAAUGAAAACGAGCAUAUUUAUCAUAUGCAACAGCAGGAUGGAUUAGACAGCGAGGAAAUGGACAAGCUUACGACAUAUGUGAAGCAGAAUGCUAAGAAGUUAAUGCAACAGCAUAGCAAUCUUACCAAAAUUUCUGCAAGUUGGGUCAAAUCAUCUGGUUACAAUACUUUAGAUGCUUGUAUAAAAAAGAUUCCUUGUAUAGCCCUUUAUGUUCAUAUAAAGGGUCUUGUUCCAAUAAACGAGGAGCCGUUUCAGAAAACCAUAGUUGAAUAUCCGUUCGAUGUUCGAGAGGGUGUAUUUACACUAUGUGGAAAGCCAAGUGAUUUUCACCGAAAUGUCAAAAUGGGAUGCGAAAUAGACAGCGGAUACGGAACGCAACAGGGAACCAUUGGACCGUUCUUCGAGUUCCAGGAAAACUCGGAAAUCUACUACUUAACAAGUGCCCACGUGUUACUUGACACUAGACAGAUGGAACUGUUAACGAAACGCCAAGAUGGCUGUAUUUUCUACGGUAUUUCUGGUUCUGACACGUUUCAACCUCCCGAAACAAAAACAGUAAAAGAAGAAAGUAAACGCUAUUACCUUGGUAAAAUAGAACUAGCUGUUUAUAAAGAAGGUGAUGAUAACGCAGCUGGCAUGGAACUCGCACUGGUUCGACUGAGCAAAGACCGUGUUCCAGUUGAUGGUUCUUUUCCGGAAAUUUCCAAUAUGAGUGAAUUUGGACAAGGUUAUCCUUUUCAUUAUUCAUCAGGAAAAUAUGUUGGAAUGAAGAAACUUACGCAUACAACUGAUGUGUACAAGUACGGAUGUACUAGCGGUCUAACGAAAGGACGAUGCUUCGUACACGGUUCCUCAGUUAGAACAAAUAAACUCCAGGAGAGGGGUUAUGGGAUCGACAUAACUCUGUAUAACCAAAUUGAAAUAGCGUCAAUAACACCGAAACAGCCAUUUGCCGUACAGGGCGAUUCUGGUGCUGUUGUCCUGGUUCGUGAUGGUAACGAUCUAGCUGCAGUUGGAUUAUUUGAAGGAAGGAUGGAACAUUAUUUCGUGGUCACACCAAUCGAAGACAUCGUAAGAGAAUUGAGUGAAAACCUUUCACGGUACAAAGGCGUAAGAUCUGAAGAAGAAAUGGAGUUCGAAGAAUACAGUCGUUUCAAGGCAAUAAAGCUUUAUUUUGUGCCACAGAAUCCUGAGAGUACAGUCAAUGAAACAGUUCGGGAUGAAGUAUCACGGCAGACAUCCAGUAUGCAGACAAAUAUCAUACAUCAUGCCGAACAUUCUUUAGGUACUGUUAAAGAAGAACUUACAGCAAUGAAAGCAGAUAUCGCCAAUUCAAAUGCUGAGAUGAUGCGAUAUCUUAAGGCACAAUUUAAAGAAAUGAAGGAUUUGAUAGAGAAAAAGUGAAGUUUUAACUAUUUUGAUAGUACUGUCUGUCGUAGAUUACACAGUCGGGGACAAAAUACUUUUAACAGCCAUACUUAUAGUGAGAAAGACGUUCUAGAUUGCUGUUUGAAGAACAUAUAGAGCUGCUCGAUUGGUAAAUGUUUUGUAUAUAAGCUUGUGUAUUUGAAAGCAGUGGUGUCAGUUGGUAUCAGUAAUUACCCAUGAGAAUAUGUAUUGACAUUUCACACACUUGUUCACUGUGAUGAUCUAACGUGCACUGCACAGGUUGUUUGCUGGCAUUCAUGUUAACGUUCAUGGAAUUAGAUUGACAAUUCAUAUGAUUGUUCACUUCACUGUGAUAACCGGAGAGUCAGUGUACAUGUUAUAUCGCCUUAUUUUGUUUUUGCUCAAAGUUUUUUUAGAUUUAGGUCUAAGGAAAUGUUUAAAAACAGUUUGUGAAUAUUGGUAUCUUGUAUAAUUUCAUAGAAGGGAAAAUUACCAUGUGUCGUUGUAUUACAAUUGUUGUUUUUUUUGUACUUGCUAAUGCAUUUAACUACAUGUACAUAUAUUUUGAGACAAUGCUUUUAGAUACACUAGUGUUGUUUUCCGUUUCGUUUCCGUUAUUGUUGAUUGUAAUACACACUUUUAUUAUUGCAUUUUUAAAAUAAUAUUCCGCUAAAUAAUGUGUCACAGUUCGUAAUUAAUUUUAAUUACAUAUUAGAGGUCUGUUCCAGAAGUUAUUCUACAUUUGAUUAAGAGAUGUUUUCAUUAAAAGCUCUAGGUAUUUUUUCUAAUAUUUUUUUCUAGAAUUACUAAUUUUAUAGUCCCAUAUUUAGUAAGAGUAUAACCGUUACGGUAGUCUUGUAUGGUGUUCAAAUCUCGAUACUAGGUCUAAAGGUAAAGAAAUAUUAUUUUGCUCCCACUCGAAGAAGAGGGAUGUACCGGUUUACCAAUUGUCGUCGCUUAGUUAUUCAGCCGGUCGAUAAACUAUUUCCAGUCUAUAACUAGAGAACGUUUUGAUCUACAUCAUCAAGCUUCAUAGAAUGGUUGCCUUUGGUUUGACCGUAUUGUUUUGGAGAUAAAUAGAUCAACUGUCAAGGUCAAAGUAACAUUGAGGAUGAAAACGGUAUCAACUCAGCAACUAGAACGCUUGAGCACACAGUCGUUAACCUUUAUAGGAUAAUUAUCUGUCCGUAGGUCAAAGGUUAAGGUUACAUUGGUCUUGAUUUUGAAAUGAUUUAUACUCAAUAAUUACAGAACUUUUAACAGUGGUCAGUCACAUUUUGAUUAUGUAAUGACUUUGUUUUAAUCUUUAUCAUCAGAUCAUUUACGCAUAUUGAUGCUCACUGGGCGCUUGAUGCAUAAAAGAUAUUCACUGCUGGUGUUUUUCAAAAUUGAUUUUAAUGUUAAAUGACACAAAAUGUGUGCAAUUUAUAAUAUUAUCUUGUUUACAAAUGGAAAGGAAAUAUAAUGUAAAUAUAAGAAAUGAAACUAUUUUUUCGGUGUUCAGCGAAACGAAUGACAGAAUAGGAUCGACAAAUGCUCGAUUCAGGGAUUUGUCGAUCCUAUUUUGUCAUUCAUUUCGCAUGAACACCGAAACUAAUCAUUUCAUUUCUGAAAUGAAUCUGGUCAUGUUAGAAUUCAGUUUUAGUUUUAUUAUUUUGAGCGUAACGUCGCGUAUUCUUCGUGAAAUAACUUAUUUUCAACCCCAAAUUGUAUUAUAAGUAACAAGUACAACUAGCGUACCAAAACAAAAAAAUUAAUCCUAACGGACACUACUAAAACACCUUAUAAACACUGUCAAAACCGCUAUUAUGGUGUUUGUUAGUGCGUUCAGUUAGAGAUCAACUGAAACAAUCAAGGAAUGGCCGCGAGUUCCAUAAAAUGUAUCGCGAUUUUGAAGCGAGUUAUUAACUUUACAGAGUCAUACGAAGACUUUUACCUCUUUAUCAGCCUGAGGAAACAUAUAUAGUUUUAAUCCCUUCAGUUUACCAUUUAUAGCAUAUCUCCUAGUUGCCACGGUUAUGUAAUCUCAUCUUAGGAAUAACAUAGAGGGACAUAAUCUAGCUAUUCAUUAUGAUUACAUAACAUAAGCGUACGUUUUAUACUACUACUUGUUAACGAUUGUUUUGCAUUUCUUAAGGAUUGUUGAAUGUUAAGUACGUGUAUCGUGUUGUUACUAUGUCGUUGUUUCUGUCUAUUAAGUUUGUAACUCACCCUACACUCCUUAAAGGUACCAGGUUCUGUCAUCGUAAUGUAGGCACGGCUAUGGCCAUUCCUCUUUCGGUAAUCAACACCAAACUUAUUACACAUUACCUACGUCUAAAACAAACAUUCAUAAACAGUGUCAUAUAUUUUAGUUUUAUACUAUGAUUACUUUUUUUUAUGUUAAGUAUAUAUGUGUUUAAUGUUUGAUAUGCAUAAUUACAGUCAUACUUUUUACAAAUGUCAUCAAAUAAUAUGGUAAAAACUGGCCUCUGAACCAAUGUGACGUACAUUUUAAAGUAUCCAUGCUCUAUUAUCUCAAUGUCGUUUCUUACAGGCUGACCUUUAGCAAUAUUAGAACAAUGGUCUUUCUUAAGAGGUGGCUGAUUGCACAACUUAUUCUAAACAAUAUAAAUGGGAAUUGUUUACGUACUAUUAUGAACAUGUACAACAAAGUGAAGUCGUGUACUUUUUCCAAUAGUAUGACAUCUGAUUACUUCCCUUGCAAUGUUGGUGUAAGGCAAUGAGAAAACUUGUCUCCCCUGUUAUUUUCACUCUAUUUGAACGACUUGCAUGAAUUUAUAUUAAACAGCAACCUAGUACAUGGUGUUAGAUGUAACAAACAUAUAUUAGAUAAUAACCUUGUAAAUUUUGUUAAAUUAUUUGUACUUUUAUACGCAGAUGACACUGUGAUUUUAUCUGAAUCUGCUUCAGACUUACAAUCAGCACUCAAUGUUUAUGCGACUUACUGUGAACAAUAUAUAUUAGUUUUAAACACGAGUAAGACUAAAAUCCUUGUAUUCUCUAGAGGAAGACAAAGGCAUUAUAACUUUACCUAUAAUGGCGAAAACAUAGAAAUAGUAUCAGAGUUUAAAUAUCUUGGUGUUUUAUUCAACAGAUCUGCUUCUUUUUACAAUACGAAAAAAGAAAUUGUGAAACAAGCCAUAAAGGCUAUGUAUAGUCUUAUUAAAAAAGCCAAAUCCCUUUGUCUACCUAUCGAUACCCAAAUCGAUCUAUUUAGUACCAUUGUUAAACCUAUAUUGUUGUUUGGUUGUGAAAUAUGGGGAUACGGAAAUAUUGAAUAUAGAACGUGUUCAACUUAAGUUUUUGAAACCUGUUUUAAAGGUUAAAUCUAGUACGCCAAAUAGUAUUGUGUAUGGUGAAACGGGUGUAAAACCUAUUGCAAUUGACACUAAGACAAGAAUUAUUUCAUUUUGGGCAAAAACUGUAUCAUGCAACGAUGUAAAACUCACCAGGGAUAUGUAUUUACUACUGUCCAGUCAUUACAGGUAUUCAAAUCCAGUUGCAAACAAUUCAAGAAAAUUUCUUUGGAAUAGAAAUGUUCAGAAUAUAUAUAUAAACUGUGGAAUGUCGAACAUUUUUGAGUCCCAGUCUUUUCCGAAUCCUAAAUGGUUGGUUAUGUCUGUCAAGCAAAAGCUAUUUGAUCUUUUUUGAACGAGUGGCAUUCAAAUUUAGAAAAUUGACAUAGCUGUAGAAAAUAUAAACUUUUCAAACCUGUACAGGUCAUAGAUAUCUUAAUUAUAUCAUAAAAUUCAGAACAAAAAAAACCCAUAAACUUUCUGUUGAGACAGGGAGUUGGAAUAGAACUCAAUAUGAUGAGAGGAAAUGUACCCUAUGUAAUUCAAAUAUUGGUGACGAAUUUCAUUACUUACUUGAAUGUUCUAUAUUAAAUACGUUAAGGAAAAUAUAUUAAACAACAAUUUAUUCGUAGUCCAAAUAUUAUUACAUUCUAUAAAAUUAUGAAUACAGAUACCAAUAACCAUGUUCUUUAUAGAAAGAUUUGUCUGUUUGCAAAAGAGAUUAUACAGAUGUUUCAACAUUGACAUUUCAUAUGUACAAAUAUUCAGAUUCGGGUCCUGCUCCCGCUUUGUGACGAUUUACUAUAUUUAACAAUUGAAUAACACAUGUCUCACUAUGUAUUUGUUUAAUUUGGUGCCUCAUAUUGUCAUGUAUACCAUGAAAUGAGAGAAAUAAAUAUUGUAUUGUA